UAUGAAAAUAAUUAUUUCUUUAGUGUUCAUUUUAUAAUAACAAAAGUGACAAAUACGUAUGGCCGUGGGCCGCCGGGUGGAGGUCGUGCUACCGCCGCGCGCCCACAUGCGCCGCUGCGCGUUUUUAUUCUAUAAUUUAUGGAAUCCAUAAUGGCCUCUUUUGUACAUUGUGUUGCGCGGUAUUGCGUGAUUCGUUUGUUGUAAUGGCAAAAGGUGAUAAAGAAUUAGAAAAGCCUAUAGUGAAUAAUGAAUUACCCAACCCGGAAUGUCGGAGUGUUGACCACGAUGACUCAGAAUCUGCCCAGGAGCAGCCACUGGACAUAGGAGAGCAUUAUUUGGUGCGGCGGUCGGAUGAGUCAUGGCACCCGGCUGAAAUUAUACAGACGCGAUACAACACUGCUGAAUCCUGCUACGAAUAUUAUGUUCAUUAUGUCGGCUACGAUAGGAGACUCGAUGAAUGGGUUUCCCGCCACCGGGUUAUGUCUGAUAGGUUUGACAUGUGCGAGCAAUCGAAUAACAACAUAAAUUCUGAUCAUCUUCUCACGGACAAAUCCGGCCGGAAAAUAACGCGGAACCAAAAACGUAAACACGAUGAAAUCAAUCACGUGCAGAAGUCGUACGCCGAAAUGGAUCCUACAACUGCAGCUCUGGAAAAGGAACAUGAAGCUAUUACCAAAGUGAAGUACAUUGAUAGGAUUCAGAUUGGCAAAUAUGAGAUAGACACAUGGUACUUCAGCCCCUACCCGGAAGAAUACGGGAAACAGUCGAAACUCUGGAUAUGUGAAUAUUGUUUAAAAUACAUGCGGAUGGAGAAAACAUAUAGAUAUCAUUUAAGUGAAUGCACAGCAAGACAACCACAGGGCAGUGAGAUAUACAGGAAAGGUACAAUAGCUAUAUUUGAAGCAGAUGGAAAAGAGCAUAAAAUAUAUUGUCAGAACUUAUGUUUACUGGCAAAGUUGUUCCUGGACCAUAAAACACUUUAUUUUGAUAUAGAGCAGUUUUUAUUCUAUAUUUUAUGUGAAGUUGACAAACAAGGAGCACAUCUUGUUGGUUAUUUUUCUAAGGAGAAGGAUUCCCCAGAGGGUAACAAUGUUGCUUGUAUAUUGACGUUACCUCCAUAUCAGAGGCAAGGCUAUGGGAAAUUGCUCAUAGCAUUUAGUUAUGAACUAUCAAGGUUAGAACAAGUAGUAGGAAGUCCUGAGAAGCCUUUGUCAGAUUUAGGAAAGCUUAGUUAUAGGUCUUACUGGUCAUAUGUGUUGUUAGAAGUAUUAAGUACCAGUAGAGGUACAUUAAGUAUAAAAGAUUUGAGCCAAAUGACAGGUAUAUCUCAGACAGAUAUUAUAUCCACCCUUCAGUCCAUGAAUAUGGUAAAGUAUUGGAAGGGUCAGCAUGUGAUAUGUGUAACACCAAAAAUAGUAGCAGAGCAGUUAGCCAGCUCACAUUUUAAGAAGCCCCGAUUAUGUGUAGACCCCUCAGCAUUGCGGUGGACACCCCCCAAUAAGCAGGGCAACUCUGCUAAAGCCAAAAAGUAAUACAGGCUUACAGGUACCGCUUAGAGUUGAUUCUUAGUUACAAUCAAAAGAAUUCUCUAGGCACGGGCCUGUUAUAAAUUGUUUAACUUGAUAUUUGAUUAAAUGCAGUGAAUAGAUCAGUGCUAGAAGUAUUAACAGUUUUUAUUAUAAGAUUUAAAAUAAUUUAAGAGAUUAUUUGAAUAUGUUGAAAUGUAAUAUUGCACUGCAUUUGUUGAUAAAGUAUUGAGCUUUACUUUUUUUAUAGUGAGGAUAAUUGUAAAAUACCGAAUAAAUACAGAUGAGCAUUUCUGAAUAUAGAUGAAGCAAGGCCAAAAAUGGGCAGAAAAAAGUAAAAAAAAGCUAGUUAAUAAAUUUACUAUUAGAGUACCUACAUAGGUAUAUUUUGUGCAGGAAAUCAAAAUUGUAAUAGAGUAUCAUUCACAUGAAGGGAAAUACUUUGGAAUUUGGGCAAUUCUAAUUGGUGUAACAUAAAUAAAUUAUAUAAAGUUAAAUUAAUAAUCAGGAAACUGAAACUUGUUAGAAUAAUCCACAAAUGAGUAGGGGUUUUUUGAUAAGGGGGAAGUAUUAUUUUCAUACUUUUGUUACUUUGUUGUUACUCAUUGUUUGAUAACGAUUGUUAUCUCAAUCAUUAUCUGAAUUAAAAAAUGCAGCAAAGUAUUUAACCAUCAUGUUUAUGUUCAUUUGAAAUGCUGCAUUCCAAAAAAAAAAAUACAGUAGGUUCUGAAACAUUUUAGAUUUAUUCAGUAAUAGUAAAGUGACCAUCUAGAUCUGUUGAAUUUUGUUUCCUUGGUCUGGUUCCAGUGAUACUAUUUUUAAGUUAAUUGUAAAUAUUAUUUUAAUGUAGUUUUGUAAUGUUCUGUGACUCUGGAUUUAAGAACCUUUUCACAUAGGAUAUUGUACUGUGGUUUAAUGAGGGACAUGAUUGUAUUUUUUAGUAUGCUUUGAAAAAUCUAGUGCAUUAUUUUUUGUUAAGGUUUUAGUAGAUUAAAUAGUAUUGGAAUCAGAUUUUUCACAAUUUUGCUUUAUCAACUCUUUGGAUGAUUCAUCUAAUAUAUAAACUCCAAACUUUGGAAUUUAAAGUUAAAUGCUUCUUUGCGUAAUCGUUAAAAUGUCGGAAAAAAAUUAUUUUGUGUGAACUAGUACAUCGGUCCUAGUACGUGUUAAGAGUCGCCAAAUUAACUUUUACAAUUCAGAAACGUUUUUUGCGGCAAAGAUUCAUGUGGAAUUGUAAUUUCAUAUAACUGUUUCAUGUACGUACUUAUAAAGCAGUAAUGACAAACAACAAAACCAUUUUGGUUUUUCAUUAAUUUCAAUAGAAGAAUUUUGUUGUUUCUAUUGUUUUGAAAAUGGCCGACUUUACUGAAAGGUAAAUGACUUCUUGACGUCUUAAAAGACGCAAGAUUGCAUAACUGAAUGUUGCAAGCACAUGAAAUAUUGUGAAAUAGUAGUUAUUUUUGAAAAAACACCUACAUGCCGUAAAUCUUAUGCGGCAAAAACUUCUUAGUUUUAAGUUCGUUUUAGAAACGCUAAAUCUUAUUUUUAUUAAGCUUAUUUCAAACCCGUCAUCAAUAAUUUGUCCACUACUGGGCGAGUUCCAAAAUACGCAAAGAUUUUCCUGUUGCCGUAUUGAUUAGAUUCUGUGAAUCAUUAGUUUUCGCUAUUUAUUUGUGAUAUUUUCUAAUAUUAAGAGAAAGUGUCGGAAUUCAGAAAUAAAAACAAUGUUCAUA